UUGUGUUCCCGGCGUCAUGGACUCUGGAAAGUCACACAAGACACUCAUUUAUUUCCAAACCCAGUUGAGACUGAGCGCUUUAAAGAGUGGGUUUUAUCUAUUGGAGGGGAUAUUCUUGGUUUGAAUAAUGAGUACAUUUUUAAACAAAGUUGUGUUUGCCAUGCUCAAUUUGAAGAGAAAUAUUGCUGCCGAAAUAACAGAAUAAGCAAUAUUGCAGUGCCAACAAUAAAUUUGCCAAAAUCAAUAUCUCUCCCAAUAUUUACACUCUCUGAAAGAAGGCCACUUAGGCAAUUAGAGUAUUCUUCCAAACCUGUACCAUCAGCCUCAUCGGUUUGUGCUGCUGGUCUUACCACUACAUUUUUUGAAGCUGAUUUUACAGAGAAAGAAAAUAUUGAGUGCCGUACACCCUCACUUGCUGUCACUCAGAAAAUUAAGAAAACCAUUGCAACUACUCAUACUGAAAAGAAAUUGUACUUGAAGCUGGUACAGUUGCAGCUUAUAAACAUUAACUGCGUUAACUUUUUUGUAGUUAAGCGCGUUCUUCUAUCGUUAAGUGUUAGCCCUGCUUUUGAAAAUACCCGCUCACAUGGUACGGAUGUCGCUGUUAUAUUCAGUCUUUUUAGCAUGUGUGAGUGA